GGGGGUGGGAGGACGGAGGGCGUACGUGUUUUGAUUCGGUUUUAUCUAAUCAUCGUCGAAAGCAAGUCGAGCAAGUCACGCCUCUGUCUUCCUCGUCACACCCCCAGCCGCAGGUUCUUUUUAAUCUUGUGGCCCCUAUCUGCGCUGGGAAUUUUUAGCUAUGAAGAAAAUAGCAAUUUUCGGUGGCACCGGCAACACAGGCCUGUGUGCUGUGGAUGCUGCUUUAAAGAAAGGUCUUGUGGUGCGUGCUUUGGCCAGAGACCCAGCUAAGUUUCCCGUGGAAGUUCAAUCUAAAGUCGAGAUUGUUCAGGGUGAUGUUUUGAACUAUGAUGAUGUAAAGAAAACUGUGGAGGGCGUUGAUGCUGCUGUCAUUGUUCUUGGUACCCGAAAUGAUGUCAAACCUACCACUAUGAUGUCAGAGGGCACUAAAAAUAUUCUGAAUGCUCUGAAAGAAGCAGGAGUGAAACCAGUUUCAGGAUGCAUGUCUUCCUUUCUCUUCAUGGAAAUCGAGAAAGUUACUCCCAUGCUUCGGGACCUAACGCAAGAUCACAUACGAAUGCUUGAUGCUCUCAAAGCUAGUGACCGCGAUUGGAUUGCUGUUUGUCCUCCACACAUUGCAGGCACGGAGAUCUCAUGGCCUGCCAUAUGCAGCUUGGCGACUUCUGGCCAUGGAAUGAUGGGUGUCCUUGCAGCUUCUGCCAUGUCUGUUCUUUGGAUCAGUCGUAAAGCACUUAAGCCAUUUAUGUCCUCUGAGACUGAACCAUCUGGAAACUAUGAAAUCAAACAUGGCUCCUCUCCUGGAAGGGCUAUUUCUAAAUAUGAUUUGGGUUUCUUCCUAGUUGAUUGUCUGGAUAAACCAGAACACUACCAUCAGAUGGUUGGAAUUGCAAAGCCUCUCCAAGCUUGAGUAGGCUACACUUACAUUUUUGCAAAUACAUAUUAUGAUUGUUAUUGUCAUUUAAAGAAAGAAAAAAAAUGGUGUAAGGAAACAUUCAACUUUUUUAAGAGUUUAAAAUACUUCUUUUGAAUCUUAUCUAGAAUAAAUUUUUUGAACCGUAUAGAACAA